AUGUCUGCUGUCGAUACUGCUGUGCCGAAUGGCCACUCCGAAGCCAACGGCAAUGGCCCCGAAUUAAGCCAGGCUCAAAAGCUUAUGCAAAAGCAUGACCAAGAACAUCAGCCCACCAUUGAGGAUAUUCCUGAUGAAGAAGACUUGAAACAUGGUGAACAACCUUCCUCUGCUAGUAUCCUCGAGGAUGCCAAUGGGGAUUCCGCUGCUCCGGGAUGGGUUCCCCCUGUAUCUACAAAAGCUGCAGGAAAACAGAAGGAGGAUGUCCGCAAGGAGCCCUCCAUCGAUACACAAUCCCACGAGGAUAUGGGGAGGUGGAAAGCCUCAGCCAAUGCCAAUGGAACUCCAGCAAAUGGUGGAUCCCCAGCUUCUACUCCCAACUCAGGCGCCGCAACCCCAAUGUCUUCUGCCAACCGACCAAAAGUCAAUCAGCCAGGCCAACAGCCCCAUGAGAGAAUCGAAUUAGCCCAAGAUCAAAUUCUCAAGCGGGGAGAGUUGAAGAAGCCUUUGCCCGAAAUUUUGAGAGAGAUCAACAAAAAGUAUAGGUCUAAUAUCACUCAAUCAACUGGUAUGGGAGGGAAGAUGACUUUCACGGCUUACGGCCCUCCCUCAGCUGCUCGUACUGGUAUUAAGGCCUUGAUGGAACAAAUCGGUGCAAAGCAAGAAAUUCGCGUGUCUAUCCCCAGCAAAGCACGAGCCUUCAUCAUUGGAAAACAAGGUUUAAAGAUUAAAGAACUGCAAGAAGCUACCGGUGCUAGAAUUCAAAUUCCAAAGGAUGAUAAGACUAGCGCUGCCGAUGAUGACGAAGAUGCUACAGUAGAUGUUACAGUCGUGGGCAAUGCCGUUGCGGUCGCAGAAGCUAAGAAGGCAAUCGAGAAAAUUGUGGGAGAAAAAGUAGGCACAACCAAGACGAAAUUGCGUGGUAUUCCAUCUGAAUUCUACACCUUCCUUGCUGGUCCUCAUAACACUCAUGCGGAUUCUUUGAGAAACACUCACAACUUGUCCGAGUUGGAAAUCCCGUAUAACUACACCUUGCCAAGCACUGCUCGCGAUCGUGAAGGUCCACUCUUCGUUCCAGCAGCUGCCGAUAACUGCAUCACUCUCAAUGGUGAACGUGCUGCCGUUCUAGCAGCACGCGCUGAAAUCGAACGUCGGGCCAAGCAGUUGCACGAGGAGCUAACCCGUCAAGAAUUGCAAGGAAUAAACAAGGGCCGUCAUCAAUUUAUUCUUGGUGAUCAAGGUAACCCAGGACAGGACUUUUUUGCCAAAACUGGAUGUGCCAUAUUUUUGCCAAGCGAAGCUGAUGAAGAUGAUGCUAUUACGAUUGUUGGCCCUUCAGAGAAGAUCAAAGAUGCUGUGCGGGAAGCUAGAAAGCAAGCAAUGGCUACGCAAACUGUCAACAUUGACAUCCAUAAACAACUCAAGAAGUCAUCGGGGAACACCAGUCAGCACGCGCAGAAUCUCGCACGAUACUUACGCCAGCGAAGCGAGAUUGAAAGACUCGAAAAGCUUCAUAAUGCUCGUAUUUUCACUCCAACACAAGCCGAUGUUACCUCACCAUGGGAGGUCUACUCUCGGGAUCAAGAUAGUUUGUUUGAAGUGCAGGAACAGCUGAUCAGCAUGAUUGAUGCUCACCCUCUCUCUCGCAUGGCAAAUAUUCCUGUGGACUCCUUCUAUCAUAAACAUCUUGGACAAGAUAUUUCUCCAAGAGUCAAGAGAGAUUAUGGCGUGCACAUGGUAUUGCCAGAUGGCCCCAACGGUGAUGUACUUCUUGUUUUUGAAGGACUUGCUGGUAGGGAACCGGAAUACAGCAUACCCCGUAGCCAGCCCUCGAGAAAUGAUAUCGCAGAAUUCCAACGUGGGUUGGAAGAGGCUCGCAAACACAUUCUUGAUGUUAUCGGUUCUCAGGCAGAGAUCAUCAGCGAAUCCAUUGACGUGCCAAGAAUCUACCACGACAAGCUCAGGAAAUUCAUAUUCGCGGAGAAUAAGGCCUUUCAGAUUCCUGCUCGUGUUAGUGCAAAUGGAACUGUCGUUACACUCCAAGGACCUAGACCUACCGUGGUAAAGCUGGCUGUCAAGGUUAAAGAUUUUGUUGCGCAAGCAAUUGAGGAGGAGAAAGAACGUGGUUACACACUUACUUUUGAUUUCCCUCAGAAGCAUGCAAACCAGCUCAUUGGUAAGGGAGGCGCAUUUGUAAACGAGUUGCGUGAAAAGUUCGAUGUCGACAUACAACUCAAGGAUGGCCAAGUUGAAGUCAAGGGCCCCAAGGCUAAAGCGGAUGCUGCCAAAUCGCACAUCUCGUCGCUUGGCAGGCAAUGGGCUGAUGAAACAACUUACACUCUGAAGAUUGAUCCUAAAUAUCACCCUGAGCUCAUCGGUGCUAAGGGUACUCAGAUCAACAGGCUGCAAACUCGUUACAAGGUCCAAAUUCACUUCCCACGCACAGGCCGACCUACGGAUGAUGACCAUACAGGAAGUGAUGCUGGUCAACAGAGUGCUCGACGCCAACAAGCCCCAGAUGAAGUUACCAUUAAGGGACCCAGGAAGGGAGCUGAUGAAGCCAGAGACGAAAUUCUUUCUCUGUUCCAAUAUCUACAAGAUAACUCACACGGUGCUACUGUCAGUGUUCAGCAAAGCCAGAUUCCUUCCCUUAUCGGUCAACGUGGAGCUGGUAUGGAGGAAUUGAGACAGUUGACUGGAGCCAAGAUUGAUGUUCCAAACUCUCGGGACAGUGCCGAUGAAUCAGGACGAGUUGAGAUCCAAAUCAAGGGCACAGCAUCUCAGGUAGCAAAGGCAAAGAAAUUGAUCGAGGAAAAGAAGAGUGUUUUCGAUUCGACAGUAACCGAGUCUUUGAAUGUUGAUAAGAAGCACCAUAGAGCUUUGAUCGGUGCUGGGGGCGCAAACAUUCAUGCCAUCAUUGUCAAUGCUGGAGGAUCUGGUGACCGUCGAGAACUCGCUCGUGUUGUACAAUUCCCCAAGGCCGAUUCUGACGGUAAUGCUAUCAAGAUUGAAGGUAAUCGACAACUUGUUGAUAACAUUGUCGCUGCCAUUCAAAAGAUCGUUGAGGAACGAGAGAGCCAAAUCACGGAAACUGUGGAUGUUCCAACCGAUAAGCACCGUCCUUUGAUUGGUGCUGGCGGUGAGACUAAGAAGGGUAUGGAGAAGAAAUUCAAAGUUUCAAUUGAUAUCCCUAGACAGGGUAGUGGUCAAACUGGUAUCACUAUCACUGGUCUUCCAGCUGAUGUUGAGAAGGCAAAGGCUCACAUUCUUGAAGUCGUUAAAGGUCAGGAAGGUGAAACUGUCCAGGUUCCCCGUAAGCUUCACAACGAUAUUUCGAACAAUGGUCAAUUUUUCAGAAAAUUACGAAAUGAUCUUCAAGUCACAGUCGAUCAUGCAGGAGCUAAAAUGCCAGCAAGAGCGGCACCACCUUCUAGUGCCGGUGCAAAGGAUGCUUUGAUCACCGAUGAAAAGGAUACAUCCGAUGACGUUGAAGAAUGGUUUGUCUUCAACAAGUCUGAUUCUGGAGAGACUGGUGAUAUUCCAUGGGUUUUACGUGGCCCCACCGAAAACAUUGCGCAAGCCAAGUCUCUCUUGGCACAAGCCAUUGAACAAGCAUCAAAGAACAACUUUGUUGGACACCUUACCCUCGUUGAUCCUAGCCUGUAUGGAUCAAUUGUUGGCAAAAAUGGUAGCAAGGUCAACAGCAUUCGAAAGGCUACGGGCUGUAACAUUACUGUUCCUCGCGGGCAGGGAACUGAUCCAAUUGAGGUUGUGGGUAGUGAGGAGGGUAUUGAAAAGGCAAAGGAAUUGAUACUUCAAGCUGUUGCCGAGGGAAAGAACAAACCUGCUCGUGGAGGUGAUAGAUAUUAA